AUGGGCUCGAGCGCGAAGGUCGCGGCCGUGGCGCCGUUCGAGCUGUGCUACGACUCGUCCAAGCUGUCGCCGACGCUGUCGGGCUACUCCGUGCCCCAGGUGGACGUGAUGCUGGAGGGCGGGACGAACUGGACGGUGGUGGGCGGCAACUCCAUGGCGCAGGUGAACAGCGCCACGGCGUGCUUCGCGUUCGUCCAGGCGGGAGGCGGCACCGGCGGGGCGCCGGCGGUGGUGAUCGGAGGGUUCCAGAUGGAGAACAAGCUGGUGGUGCUCGACAACGACAAGAAGACGCUCAGCUUCACCCCGUACCUCCCAGCCAGGGGGUUCUCCUGCAGCAACUUCAACUUCACCAGGGCGGGGUAG